AUGGCGGGACGGGCCGCGAUGCGAACCCCUGAACCGCCCGGGCAGUCUAUUGCCUCUCCCAUUUGGGAUUGUAACCUGACCACAGAGAACAAACAAGAUACAGCACACAAUGCUCGCUUCCAUAUUAACAUUACUGAAGCAAGAGUAGACUGGCCUAGCAAAGGCGCUGGUACGGUAUCAAUUUAUGCUCGCGUGGAAUAA